AUGAGCCAGGUAGAAAGCGAAAUGCAAAAGGAUCAAAAGCCUGUCAAUAUUAUCAGGUCUCAGUCUUAUCAGUCUUCAGAUGAUAUUAUAGCAAGCAAUGACGGACAUAAAAAGCAUUUUGUCCAUGACUCCGAGUUAAGAAGACAAAGAUUUGCUGGUGGUACUAAAAUAAGAGACGUGUUGACUGUCUUGUGUGCUGGAUUUGCUUUGAUAUCUGACGGGUACCAAAAUAAUGUUAUGACGAUGUUAAAUGUUGUUUUCCCGGUAUUGCACCCAAUAGCAUACGAUGCAAAAAUGAAAACAGCUAUUUCGAACGCAAGUUUGGUUGGAACCAUUUUUGGACAGGUAGCUAUAGGAUUUACUUGUGACUAUAUUGGGCGUAAAUGGUCAAUUGUGGUUGCAACUGUUUUCUUAAUUUUGGGUACUAUUAUGUGUGCUGCAUCUCAUGGUGUUACUACCAACGGAAUGCUUUGGAUGUUGCUUAUUUCAAGAGGUGUGACGGGGUUUGGUAUUGGGGCCGAAUACCCUGCCUCGUCAGUUUCUGCCAACGAAGCUGCAAAUGAAUCAAUAAGGAGAAGAGGUGGUGUAUUUACGUUAUGUACUAACUUACCAUUAUCCUUCGGUGGACCCUUUGCAAGUAUCAUCUUUUUGAUUGUUUAUCAAAUCACAAAAGGUGUCAGCUCUGGAUUAUGGAGAGCUAUGUUCGCCAUUGGUGCAUUUUGGCCGUUAUCCGUAUUCUAUUUCCGUCUUAAAAUGGCUACUUCUGAGUUGUAUAAGAAAAGUGCCAUCAAGAGACGGGUUCCAUACUGGCUAGCUUUAAAGUACUAUUGGCCAAGAUUUCUUGGUACCUGCGGGUGUUGGUUUUUGUAUGAUUUUGUUACAUUCCCUAACGGUGUCUUUUCAGCUGGGAUUAUUAAAACAGUAUUGGAUGAUACUACCGACAUAGAAAAGAUCGCUGAAUGGCAAUUGUUAAUGGGUAUCAUAGCUAUUCCAGGUGUGUUUAUUGGAGCCUAUUUAUGUGAUAGAAUUGGUAGAAAAUAUACUUUAAUUGUUGGUUUCUGUGGUUAUAUCGUUUUCGGUUUGAUCGUGGGAAUAGGCUAUGAUAAAAUAAAGAGUAUUCCAGCGUUGUUCAUUGUCUUUUAUGGCCUUAUGAUGAGUUCUGGUAACUUGGGUCCGGGAGAUAUGAUGGGAUUAGUAUCACUGGAAUCAUUUGCUACACCUAUAAGAGGCACAUGUUACGGCCUCAGUGCAGCCUUGGGUAAAGUUGGGGCCGUCGUAGGUACUGAGACAUUUACCCCAAUUCAAAAUCAUAAGGGGGCAAAAUGGACAUUCAUAAUUGCGGCUAUCUGUGGUUUAGCUGGUGUCUUGGUAGCGUUUUUCUUCAUUCCUCAUUUGAAAGAAGACGAUUUAUUGGAAGAGGAUAUCAAAUUCAAGAACUAUUUGAUCGAUAAUGGUUGGGAAGGUGACUUCGGUAUCCCAGGCGAACCAUCCAAGGAUGAAGAACUCCAAGCUAGUUCAGACGAUGAUGAUCCUCAAUUUAAAGUGAUUUAA